AUGGAAGCUUCCAUGGUAGAACUUAUCUCGAGGGAUCUCCAACUGAGAGUGAAAUCUAGUGACAUCUUAUCAAAAACAUGCCAAAGGCCAGGAAUAGAGCUCAUUGUAGUUGCGACGCAAGUGACUAUGCACACUUUAUUUUCAGAAACGCACAAGGGCUCUUGGGACUGGGCUAGAUUGCCAAAACAGAAAAGUUUGCUCCUCGUGGCGGGUAAGCUUUCUGCGUUCCAUGGGGAUCCCCAGAUACAAAAUAAAUUUAGCACUUCGAUCAAGCGGCAUCUCAGCGCACCAGUUUCCGGAGCCUACGGGCAAAUGGAAAUGGAGAAGGUGAAAUCAAUGAAAUUGAUGGAAUUGCCUGCAAGCCAUUCAAUUCAUAUGUCAAUGGGUGCGGUAUUAAAAUUCGGCUCUCCCCACCUAUGUUGUGGAUAA